UGCAUCCGCACGGCGGCUAUUUACGCCACCACCUCGCUCUACGAAUUCCAUCGCCAAAAGAUCCAUUCGCCAGAAAUCUUAGGACGGAGUGGAUUGGGCGGGUCGGGCGGGGGCCCGCCGGCCCUGGAUCCGCAAUCCAUGGACGUGUACGUGCAAGAAUCCAUGUGGGAGGCCGUGUUCCCGUUGUUAGACCAGCACUUUUUCCAACUGGUUCCCGGCCACUUGUACGAGCAGUUCCUGGACCACGUUUUGUGCGCUUUGGAAGUGGCCGGCCAUUACGAUUAUGUGGGCAAACAGCUCAUGCAAUACAUCAUCCUGUUCUUUCCUAAGCACACCCGCCGAUUCCGGGCUCAGCGCUAUGUGGACCGGGUGUUGAUGCCCACCAUCUCGUGUCUCAUCAAAUGCAGUCAGAUCGAGGAGUUGUAUUUGGAGAAGGCCGAUAGUCCGGCCAUCACGACUUAUCUCUUGGCUCACAUCCUAAAGUUCAUGAAUCGCUUGCGGGUCCUGGCCCUGCCCAAGCAAUGCGACGAUGACGUGGCCUCGAUUGUGGGGAUCAAUUGUCCUAAGUUGGAGAGUGUGGUGCUCACGGGCACGGCUAUCACCAAUGUGGGACUCUCGUGGUUGUUGUGUUGCCGCAAAUUGCAUACCAUUAUCAUGCAAGGUUUCUUCCAAGGAGUCAGCCCCAAAGGCGUGGCUCUCUUACUGAAUGGUCUGCCUGGUUUGCGCCACGUCAUCUACGAUGUCAUGUCCGACGUGCUCACGUACAUCGAUUUCAACACGUGCGAAGCGGUAUUCCCACAGUUCAGUCUGAAAACAAUGCUGUUCCACUCUAUGGAGCUCUUGUCCUCCAACCAUUUGGAACUGGUGACUAAACUCUGUCCUCAGAUUGAAUGGCUCUCUUUGGACUCGGCCCUCUUUUACAAUCUCGAAGGUUUGGGUCUCCUACCCCGCAUGCGGCUUCUCCGACUCAACUACAAAAGCCGACCCGUGGAUCAGACGGUGGUAGAUUUCGUCAGUCUCAACGGACAUAACAUCGUUACCCUCCAUUUGCUUGAGGUCAAGGACCUGAGCUUGGAAGACCUCUACCUCACUAUCGGACAGUGCUUAAACUUGGAGACGUUGGUGUUGUGCGAUUGCUCGGUCAAACCGGAUUGGGACCAACCCGUGCGAUACAACCGUCAGAGUCCCCUGUCGACCUCGGUGGACCAUUUGCAAUUGUUCUCACUGCAGAUUCUCCCCGGACAAUUGGUCAAUUUCAUAGCUUUGUUCCGGGACCUGCAAAUCCUCGAGACGGAUCGUUGUGAGCUGGACCUGAACCAGAUCAAGUGCGUGCUCUUGGAUCAGAAUGAAUUGCAUACCUUCCGAUGCACCCAAUGGUCUCAUACCUCGGCUCAGAAUCUGACCAAUCUUCAGAUGGCGUUUCGCAAUUGCAAGUUGCAAAUGGAUCGGCAGGAAUUCGCAUUUGAAGAGGACUUCAACCAAACGAUGGCCGCUACUCUUUUGUCAGAAUACGCGGGAUUCUCGCCCCUUGUGAACUUUGACACGAUUUCCACGUAAUCCUUUUUUAUAGGUCUGCCUUGUCUUCUUUUUUUUUCUUCUACUCCACCAUAAAAGCCGAACAAGAAAAGUGUCAAAAGUUCAAAGUAACUUGUUCCUGUUGUCAUGUUGAAUGUUAAAAAUUCAAUUAUACCCUCAUAUCAAAACCCA